AACUGGAUUACAUCAAACGCUAAAUAAACAACGAUCACAUCAUGAUCGACCUUGACGAAAUGCAGUGGUAUAAACAGCAGACGUAAACUAGUCUUUGAGGGUCAAAAUAGUUCAGGGACACUCACACACGAUGGACGGUUCUCUGUCUAAAGUCGAUGUACCAGAAAUACAACAUCUUUUAGAUAUAGAUCCUUAUCUUAGAUUGCACGAAGGAGAAAUUAGGAGAAGAUAUGGAUGUUUCCAAGAUGUAAUUAGACACAUUGAUAGUACAGAAGGUGGCAUAGAGAAGUUUAGUCGAGGAUAUGAAUCUUUUGGCCUACACAGAACACCAGACAAUGGGAUAUGCAUGAAGGAAUGGGCACCUGGUGCAGAAGGAUUAUAUCUUAGGGGGGAAUUCAACAGCUGGAACCAAACACAAUAUCCAUUUACCAGACUGGAAUUUGGUAAAUGGGAAAUAAAAAUUCCUCCAAAUCAAGAUGGAUCAUGUCCUAUACCACAUAACAGUAAAGUAAAGUUAGUUGUAAGAACCAAAUCAGGUGAAUUAGUAGACAGAAUAUGUCCAUGGUCAAAAGUAGUAAAAAGACCAAAAGAUGUACCUAUUUUUGAACAAAUUAACUGGGAUCCUCCACAGGAUCAGCUAUAUCAGUUUAAACACAGACGACCAGAUAAACCAGCAUCAUUACGUAUCUACGAAUCUCAUGUUGGGAUAAGUUCACAUGAGGGAAAAGUUAAUAGCUAUAAAGAAUUUACAAGGGAUGUUCUACCUCGAAUACAUGAUUUAGGUUAUAAUUCAAUACAGUUAAUGGCCAUUAUGGAACAUGCAUAUUAUGCUAGUUUUGGUUACCAAGUAACAAGUUUUUUUGCUGCCUCUAGUCGAUAUGGAACCCCAGAAGAAUUAAAGGAAUUAAUAGAUGUAGCCCACUCACUAGGUAUUGUAGUAUUAUUAGAUGUUGUACACAGUCAUGCCUCCAAGAAUGUUGUAGAUGGAUUGAACCAGUUUGAUGGAACCCAAUCCUGCUUCUUCCAUGAUAGUGGACGAGGCACACACGAUUUAUGGGAUUCACGCCUUUUCAAUUAUACUGAACAUGAAGUUUUACGCUUUCUUUUGUCCAAUUUGCGAUGGUGGGUAGAAGAAUACCAAUUUGAUGGAUUUAGAUUUGAUGGGGUGACAUCUAUGUUGUAUCAUACUCAUGGCAUGGGUCAUGGGUUUAGUGGAGACUACAAUGAAUACUUUGGCUUGAACACGGACACAGAUUCACUGGUCUACCUAAUGGUGUCAAACUAUAUGUUACAUCAGCUGUACCCAAAUAUGAUAACUGUAGCAGAGGAAGUUUCUGGUAUGCCAGCAUUAUGUAGACCUGUUGAAGAGGGAGGAGGAGGAUUUGACUAUAGAUUAGCCAUGGCUAUUCCUGAUAUGUGGAUAAAGUAUUUAAAAGAGUUUAGUGAUGAUGACUGGGAUCUAGACAAACUGGUUCAUACACUGAUUAAUAGACGAUAUAGUGAAAAGUGCAUUGCUUAUGCCGAGAGCCACGACCAAGCCUUGGUUGGUGACAAAAGCUUAGCAUUCUGGUUAAUGGACAAAGAAAUGUACACAUCUAUGGCAACAUUAUCUCCCCCUAAUCUAGUUAUAGAUCGAGGAAUAGCGCUACAUAAAAUGAUACGUCUGAUUACAAUGGGUUUAGGUGGAGAGGGUUAUCUAACUUUCAUGGGAAAUGAAUUUGGACAUCCAGAAUGGUUGGAUUUUCCCAGGAUAGGAAAUGAUGAGAGUUACCAUUAUUGCAGACGACAGUAUUAUCUAGCAGACGAUCCAAACUUGAAGUAUAAAUACUUGAAUCAAUUUGACAAAGCAAUGAUGCACCUAGAGAAAAAGUAUAAUUUUCUGAGUCAUGGUCAGAAUUAUAUAAGUAGGAAACAUCAGGGCGACAAACUUGUGGUAUUUGACAGAGCUGACAAACUGGUGUUUGUAUUUAACUUCCAUCCAAAUAACAGUUAUACAGAUUAUAAAAUAGGAGUCAACAUUCCUGGAAAAUACAAAAUAGUUCUAGACUCUGAUGCUGAAGAGUUUGGUGGACACAAAAGAUUGGAUCAUAAUACAGAUUUCUUUACAGCUAAUGAUCCCUGGGAUAAUAGGAGAUGUAGUUUAAUGGUGUACAUUCCUUGUCGAACAGCAUUUGUGUUGGCCAAAGUGGACUGAGGAAAUCUUAGUGCUCAACUGCAACCUGCCAUAAAAUAUCCAAAUAUCAAAGUGUUAUCCUUGUUUUGCUAGUCUUAAACAGCUAUUCACCAAAUAGGCUAUAUGUUUUAUGCAUUGUAAUCAUGAUAUGUUACUUUUUGUAAAGAGGUACACGUGUAAAAGUAACCUGUGAUUUGUCAGCAUUUAGAAGUAUUUAUAAUUCUAAGUCGCAUUUGUUUUAUUCAAAUUGUUGCUGAUCUAAGCUCAUUUUUUAAAGCUUGGCUGUGAAAUGAUAUGUAAUUAAAUCUAAUGCUGGUCAAUCAUUUGUCUUUUGAUUGUCUAGCCUUCUUAGAUUUGGUUACAAAACACUGUUUUGAGUUUUUUGCAUAAUUAUUAUAACAAAAAGUGCCAUAUAUAUUUUCAUGUAUAUCUUCUUGUAUCUUAUUCAUUUUGUAAAACAAUUCAUAUUAAGGCCUCCUUAGUUAUAAAAAAUGUAAACAUAGGUGAGGCCAAAGUUAUGUUUUUCUUUGUUUUGCAUUUGUUUACUGAUCUGGGUUUUUUUUAUCAUCUGACAAUCAAAAUAAUAUUUCAGAAAAUCUUACUAGGGGACAUGUUUGUUCUAAAUAAUUAUUUGGUUCAAAACUAAAAUUUUCUAUACUGAUGUGUAAAGCUUUUUUUAGAUAUUUAUCUAUAACAAGAUCAUAUUUAAAUUAAAAAAAUCAUUACCAUAAUUGACCAUAUUAUUGAUAAUGAAUUACUAUGAAAGUACAAAAUUCUUAUUAUGACUUUGGUAUAAUAGCUUUAUAUUCUAGUAAUUUGUAUCUAAUCAAUGUCAGACACUCUUAUUAUUCACUAAGUUAACUUUAAUAGUUGCAUGGUGUGGUUACCAAUAUAAUCAUGUACAUUAGUUGAUAAUUUGCUUUUGAGUUUGAUCUGUUACAAUGUUUAAUAAAAUAACUCAUUUUUCGGUAGAAAUGUUAAUUUGAUUAAAAAAAUGGUUAAUACUCCUAUUGUGUAAUGUACUUCAGUGUAAAUUUAUUUAAUGCACAAUUGAAUGAUGUAUUUGAAAAUCAUUUUUCUAAUAAUGCAUUGUGUAUGGAUUAUUAUUAUUAAUAUAAUACGUUAUGCAGUUUAGACACUGGAUUGAAACCAUACUUUUAUAAGAUGGAUGUGGUUGAAUGAUCGAGAGCAUGUGAGUUCUAUGCAGAUAGUGUAACAUUAUAGAAAAACAAAGUCUAUGGGGUAUCCAUCUAUGACCCAAAUAUGUACAUGCACAGCAAAAAAACACCCAAAAAGAUUGCCAUUUAUGCUCAGAUGGAAGGAGUUAAAGUAAUGAUGGAAAUGUUGAAUACUGCUUAAAGAAUGUGUUUCCUUAAUAUAACUUUUAUUAGAACAAUAAACAAUAACAGUAAGACCUUUGAUAAAAACUUUUUUUCUACCAAUUCGUUUUUAAAUUCUUUUUUAAUAUUUUAAUUGAAAUAAAAUGAUGAGCUUUAGAAUUUCUGUCUUUCUUUUUUAUCAUCAAACUUAUUGAAUUGAUAAAGUAUUUGUUCUGCUUUAAUUGGCUUCUUGAACAAAAUAUUAUUAAACAUAUUUUAUUGGAUAUGAAAAAUCCAUGUACCCAUCUCACAUUUUCAGGUGAUUAACUUCACACACAGCAUAACUAUAAUGGGCAUUACACAUUGAUUUAUAUGAUACAAAAAUCCUUAAAAUUUGUUUCACACAUUCUUAGUGUCCAUUGUUCUAUUUUUAAUUGAUACUCAUCUCCCUAUCAUUCAUCAUGCAAACAUAUGAUUUUUUUCAUUAUUGAUAGAUAAAGAUAUUAAAAAUUGACAUUUUAUCUACCUCAUUUUAAUAGCUUAUUCAGAUUUUUUUCUUAUUUUCAAGAACAAAUUACAGCCAAUAUAACAGUCUUGAACAAGUUAUAUUACAAUUGGUUAAGACAUCAACAGUUUUGGUUGUAGCAGUUAUGUCAAGAAAUUGUGUUCACAUACUUAGACAUAUAUUCACAUAUAUAUGAAUACAAGAUCACCAUUAACUGAAUUGAGCUUUGAUACAUUAUUAUCAUCGCAUAUAGAUAAAAAAGCAUUGAUCAUGAAAUGGAAAAUGUUUAUUAUAUUAGAUAUUGUUGGUAUAAAUUGUUUUUUUGCACAUGUUUUGUAACAUAUUCUGUUGUUAUAUUUCAUAUGAUGAAAGUAUGUUGUUGUUGUGUUUGAUGGGAAGGUUUUAUAUGCUGUUGCUACAUGUAAAAUGUUUUAAGUUCAAUAUUAUUACAGUAAUAAUUUGGAAAUGAUAUUUAUAUUUUAUAAAAAGAAUUCUGUGCAAUUUUCCUGAUUUUGUUUUUUUUAAAACAAGAUCAAUAAAGUAACAUGCCUUUCUCUGAAAGUCUUUGAAUGAAUUUUUAUGCCUGAUUUGUUACAAGUUUUUAGUGCCAGACUGGAUCUAUUAAAUCUAAUUUUUUAGUCAGGAAAAAAAUCUGAAUCCUGUUGAAAACUUUGAUUCAGAAUUUCUAAUUUGAGUAAAAUUUCUUAGCAAUAUUGAUAUUUUAUUUCAGAAUGAUCAAUGAGGAACAUCACAUUACUUUCAAGUUAAACUCUGAAAUUUAUAAACAAAGUCUUAAAAGAUGACUGAAAACUGAGAUGAUAGUUUUAAUAGCUUAUAUAUAUAAAUCAAUGAAAGCUUAUACUUUAUAUAAACAAAGUGAAUCACUUGAGAUCCACAGAAAUGUUAUGCCUUUCACAAAGUCAGUAAUAGUCAAUGACUGAAAUCAGAUCUACAUAUAAUACAGGAGAUAUUGGCUGUGAUCUUUCUGCAAAGUCUUCCAGAGUAGUUAUGCUUGUUAGUCAUUGUUUGAAGUGAAAUGUUUUUUAAAAGCCUUGUUACACUGUACAUGUAGCACAUGUGCUAAUGCUGUUAUUGUAACUAUUGUACUUGUUACAUACUAAAUAUUGAAUAAAAUAUCCUAAAAAAUA